AUGACCUUGAAAGAGCAUACGCGGCGGCACAGACUUUACAACAUGGUUGCCUAUAUUGUGCGCUCGAUUCAAGACUUGAAUAGCCAACCACCUUUGGAGCUAAUCCGGAAAGACUUCAUGUCUACUCUCAGAAGGAUGCCAUGGUCAAAUGGGAAGUUUCGGAAUGCAGCAUACAAGAUGCACGGUCUCAAGGAUACCCAGCUGGUCAGGUAUGCUUUGAGAAUGGCUCACAUUGUGGCCUGA